AUGGCUACAGCUGAAGGGCCCUCGCGGGCACACGAUCGCAACGGUCGCCGUCACCCAUUUUCUAGCUGGAUGAAGCGUCUUGCAAGCCUCAAGGGCUCCUCCGAAUCUGGCUCAAACCGCUGGUCCCACAAACGUUACGGUUCCACUAAGGGGAAGAAGAGACAACCGAAGAACAACAAUAACAACCCUUAUCCGUUAUCUGGGACACUCAAUCGGCAAACAAAUCCAAGCGGGUCGUACGAAGAAAGUGAACGAGAUGGUCGCGAGUCUCGCUCACGAAGCGAUCCAUCCCUGGUCUAUUCAGCCUACGACAAUCAUCUUCCAGGGGCGGGCGCGAAAUCCGCGGCCCCCACCAUCUCGACCAUCGGGGAUGCCGCAAACUCCGAGGCAGCCUAUUCCAAGGCAGGCACAAUGGCAACCAACGGCGGAGGCAUCAGUACCAAUGGCGGAGGAGAAGGAAGCACAUUCUCUUCCCCGAACCCCUCGGUGCGCUCGUUGACAACCACCUUGACAACGGUCCAAUCCGCCGCACCUUCAACCCAGUUAUACCCCACACAGAACAACACACCGAACGGCCCUGGAAACGGAAACGGACAUGGACAUGGCCAUAGUCACGGAGGACACUCGACACAGAAUUCCGGCAACCAACAAGUCCAAUUCUCCCACCAGUUCCCGACCUCAUCCUCCCCCGCUACUGCCGUGCCCCCACAUCUUAUACCCCACAGCCAAUCCAUGACCUACACCACCGCAACAGCAAACAAUGUCUUGACCGACAACGCCUCCAUCCUCACACUAGCCAGCUCCUCCAAACGCCGUCGCAGAAACUCCCUCGAUACAAACGCCUCGGUCCGCGGUCUCGCGCCCUCAUCCGUCUUCGGUGGAAGUCGCGAGAGCCUGCCCUUGAGCGUGCUGGGUGGAACUGUCGUCGACCCGUCCAAUACCUCUGCCUUCAAUGCCCAGGGCGUGCUGAGUCGCCCCAGCAUUGUCGGACUGGCUAGCGCCGAGCGCAUCAGUGUGUACUCGGCAUCCGGCGUUACGCCCAUUGCGCCUAUCGCGAGCGCCGCAGGUGAGCGGGGAAGCUUCUAUACCAAGCCAAGCGCAACUGCUGGUGAUGGAGCUAGUAUCCGGAGUGGCUCGCCCUCACAUGGUCGCAAUGAUAGCACCGCUGCUAGCAUUACUGGCGUCGGCAGCCCGCUUGUCAUGGCGUCUGGUCGGGUCAGUCGCAGAAGCUCCGGGUGGGGAGAGAUUACGGGCGAUGAAGCGGACGAAAGAGGUUCGGCUGACCGCAUUGAUGAGAAGCCUGCUAUGAAGCCUGACUCUAGCUUUCAAGAAGAGCUCAAGGACGAAUUCUGA